AUGGCCGCCCAUCAGGCAGCUGAUGCUUGUGGUUAUGUGCCCUCAGGGGUUGAAGAAAUUGAGAAAUUAUAUGAUCUUUUAGAGGAGCACCGAUCUUGCCCCUCAUCCCAGGGACGAGAUUGGGCAAAGAACCACUGGUUUCAACUGCAGAGUGUGGUAGAUAGGAUAAGAGUGUUGCAGAAGGAGGCUAAGGCUAAGAGGAGGAAGGGAAAAGCUAUAAUUUCUGCAGUGCUGGGAGCAAGUCUGGCAGCUGCGGUGGAAGAGAGAAAGCAGUUUUGUCAAGCUGAUACUGUAAUAGAUUCCCUGCAGGUGGCAGUAAAGGCUCUGCAGGAACAGUUAAAGGAGAAGAAACAACUGUUGGAGGAGAAGAGGGUCCAAAACAUGAUAUUAAAGAAAGAGUUGAGGAAUCAGCUUCUGAAGGAAGUACAUACACCAUCAGAAGUAAAAAUGAUGCAUGCAGAGAAAGGGGAACGGGAAAUUUAUCCCCAGGAAGAUUUACAGAAGGCCAAAGAAGUUGUAGAAAGUCCCGUCCCUAAGUAUUUGCUGAUUAAAAGGGAGUAUGUGUACGAGGACGAUAGCACUGACUGUCCUCAGAUUAUCACCAAAAAAGUCCCAUUCACUGCAACUGAAUUAGCAAAGCUGAGAAAAGAUUUUGCAAGAACUGCAAAGGAAUCAGAGACAGAGUAUGUGUGGAGAGUGUCUUUGUCAGGAGGGGAUGAAAUCUUGUUGUCAGAGAAAGAAGCAGAAGGAUACUGGGGUCCAGGUGUGUUUCUAACCACCGGUGAUCGCCGAGCUCCAUGGUCAUUGACUCAAAGAGCUGCGUACUGGGCUGGGGGGCUGAACCCCUUGGAAAGGGGAGAUCCCCUUGCCAUAACGGGGACGGUGGAUCAGUUAGUGGAAAGUGUGCAGACGGCAGUUUGUCUCCAGAUGAUGUAUGAUCGGGAGCUGAAGCCCAACCAGGGUUCCCUUAUGAUGCUGCCUGUGGACCCAGAGAGGAUGACUCCCCUGAUACGAGGGCUUCCUGACUCCCUGAAACCCAUUGGGAUUCAAUUACAAGGGAGGAUUCAAAACAUCCUCGAUGGAGAAAGAAUUACGGCCGCUCUGGAGGGGAUAGUGACCCCUGACUAUUGGCAGCCAGGGAGGAAAGUAUGGACAUGGCGGGAGAUAGCCCAGGAGUUGAUUAAUUUUGAGAGAAAAUAUGUCCCUGUUGAUGGAUUGUCCCAAAGAACUGGAACAAGGGCUGUAGGGGCUGCAGAACGGAUUAGUGGGCAGCAGUCAGUCCCUGGGAAGGGCCGAGACUUGGGGUCGAUCCGAGGUCAUAAUUCUGGGAGAGAGAGACCCCUAACUCGACAGGGGCUGUGGCGGCUAGGGCUUCAGAAAGGUAUUCCCCGGGAUUUGAUGGACGGACUACCGACCAAGAAAUUAGAACAACUAGUGCAGGAAUGGUCAGGGCAAAGGGCUGCUUUCAAACCAACCCCCAAUGCGCCCCCCUUAAUAGACCUUGAGGAGGAGCUGGCUGAGAAGAAGGCAAUGGUGGCAAACUAA